UGGCCUCAGCAAAUCAAAUAUCUCAUGCAAUAGUGACAAUAUGAGGAGAAAUAGUGAUCUAUGGUGUGAACUAAAGAACCUUAGCAUGUUGCGAGAACUAUUGCACAAUCAACUGAACAGCUUACGCAUCCAAAAAGAAUGAAAAAGAAAAUUGAGGAUCUGUUAGAAGACAGUCAGUUUGGGUUUAGGAAAGGUAAAUGCAGUAAGUAGAUAGGCAGUCCUGACAUUCUGCUUGAUAAUGUGGAAGUAUGAGUGAAGAAAAAUCAAGACUCGUUUGUAGGUUCUGUCAACCUGGAAAAACCUUUCGACAAAGUAAAAUUGUGCAAGGUGUUCAAAAUUCUGAGAAAAAUAGCAAUAGGCAAUAGGAAAGAAUGGGUAGUAUGCAAUAUGUACAAGUACCAAGAGAGGACAAUAAGAUUGGAAGACAAAGAAAGAAGUGCUCAGAUUAAAAAGGAUGUUGUAAGAAAAGAAUGCAGUCUUUUGCCCCUACUGUUCAAUGUGUUCUAGAAGAACCAAUGAUGGAAAUGAAAGAAAGAUUCAAGAGUGGGCACUGAUGACAUCAGUCAAGAUGAAAAAGAAUUACAGAAUUUGUUGAGUGAUUGGAAUGAACAGUCUAACGAGUUCAGAAUAUGGAUUGAGGGUAAACUGAAGAAAGAUGAAAGUAAUACGAAGUACCUGAAAUGAGAAUAGCAGGAAAUUUAAGAUCAAAAUUGAUGAUCACAAAGUAAACAAAGUUAAGAAAUUCUGCUACCUUGGAAGCAAAAUAAUCCAUGAUGGACAAAGAAAGGAGAACAUAAAAAGCAGAGUAGUACAGGCAAAGAGGGUGCCCCUGACCAGAAGUAAUGUAUUAGUAUCAAACAAAGGCCUUAAUUUGAGGAAGAAGUUUCUGAGAAUGUAUAUUAGGAGAACAGGAAUGUAUGACAGUGAAUCAUGGACUAUGGAAAAAACCAGAACAGAAGAGAACUGAACGGUUUGAGAUGUGAUGCUACAGAAGAAUGUUGAGAACCAGGUUGGCUGAUAAGACAAGGAGUAAGAAGGUUCUCCACAGAAUUGGUGGAGGAAGGACAUAUCGAAAACAUUGACAAGAAGAAUGGCCAGGAUGAUAUGACACAUUUUACGAUAUCAGGGAAUAACUUCCAUGGUGCGACUUGGAACUUUGGGGGUAAAAACUGUAGAGGAAGACAGAGAUUGGAAAGCAGCCAACAAGUAGUUGAGGGUGUUGAGUGCAAGAGCUACUCUGAGAUGACGAGUUCGGCACAGAAGAGGAAUUUGUUGCAUGCCGCACCAGGCUGAGAAAAUCAGUCUUCGACCUCGACCAAUUGCACCUAAACCAGUAAUGUUCCUAAUAUCACCAGAGACUGCAGUAGUAGGCACAGAUAGUACACAAGACAAUCCAUCCAGUAUCCGUCUUACUGAUUUACCUUCCAUUGAUGAAACUAUGGAAAGUACUCCUCUUGUUGAGGAAAACACUGUUGAUGACAUCAAGAACAGAGACAAAACAUCCUCAGUGAAUGAAAAUGAUUUUGCAGAAACAAAGGAUAAUGAAGAUGAUAUUACUGCGUUAGUUGUGGCAAGUUCAAAUAUUCGUUCAUCACCUAAAGGGAGAACCAGUGCUGCUGGCAGAAAGAAAUCUAAAUAUAUAAGAGAUGUAGAAACAUCGCUUUCAUUAUUACUCCCAGACAGCAUAGAAGUAGCUGAGGAAAAGGCAUUUAGUUUUGCACAGGCCUAUUUCCUGAAGGUGAAAGAGACAUUGGAAGGGAAGGAUAGCGAUACUUAUCAACUGUUUUUGGAAGUUCUAAAUGAUUUUGGAAGCAAAAUAGCUACUGUUCCUGACUUGUACAGGAAGGUGUCUUCUGUUCUGCACAACUACCCUGAUCUUGUCUCUGAAUUUGUAGUUUUCCUUUUGCCAGAGCAAGCAAUGCAAUGUGGGAAAUUAAUGGAAUAUUUGAUACUCACAAAGAUGAGCAACUUUUUCAAGAGGCUGGAAGUAUAUUUUAAAAGACAGCCACAACAGCUACGCAAAAUCUACACUGCUCUUACACUUCUGAGCACACAAACAAAUGUAACCAUGAAUGAUGUGCGUAGUGCUGUUUUACCAUUAUUGAGAGGUAACAGCUUUCUCAUUGAAAGUUUAUUGGAAAUUAUACCACAAGAGCAUCUUCCAGACAGUCUGUCGACUGAUUUUGAUGAGAUGGGUUGUGCUGAAGUUGACAGUGACAACUUGGGAGAUGAUGAUCAAAUGGAAACAUUAAUUGUUCCUGAUCAAGAAGACAAAUAUGGCAGUGAUACUUGUAUAUGUACAUGUCACAACUCCACCAAACAAAAGUAUCGUUCCCGAAUACAUCAUUGUGUACCAUGCGGAACAAAGUUCAUUCAUGGAAGAGUCUUCAUGCAAAUAGGAAAGGUUCUUCGACCAGCAAAGGUAAUUUUUCCAGAUUGUGACAUGACAGCAUGUAUUGAGAGACUGGCACCUAAACAGUGUAUUAAGAAGACGCGCAAAAAAGAUAGUGGACACAAUGAACCAGGUGCUUUGAAGGAAACAUCACCAUCCAAAGCAACACUGAAUCCAACUGUGAUGCAGCACAACAGCUGCUCACAGUCAGAUAUUAGCAAUUUGGCAGGCAAGGAUGCAGUUAAACCAAAAAAUAUUAAACCACGAGCUGUGAACAGGAACAACAAAGUUCUUGAAGGUAUUCGUCCAGAUACUAGCAAUACCAGAAACAAUCUUCGCUUUUCUCAAGCUACCAGAAGCAGCAGAAGUGGUACCCUCAAAGUGUGCAUCAAAGUUCCAAAACUAAGUGGAGAAAAUAAAACUGGUAACAGCUCCUUGUCCAAGAGAGGUUCUGUAAAACGAUCAAGAAGCAGCUCCAGAAAUAGAGUUCGACAAAAGUCGCUUGAGUCAGGAACUAAAUCACCACCACCAUCUGAUAAACAAACUUUAGAUGGUGCUUGUUCCACGUGUAUAACAAGCACCCAAGAAAAGAAUGAGAAAAUUCAAGAUUGUCAGCUACAUAAACCACCUGCCAAGAAACAAUGUAGAUUAAUGGACAAUGUGUCCACUGUGGAAUCAGUUGUGCAUAACAAUUCUAUAGAAGUUUCUCUUAAUGAGGUGGGUAGCUGUAAUGUGUCCUUAGACAUGCAGUUGCUAAAGCAGCCAUCAGUAACAUUAAAAUGUAUAACUGAAAGUGAUGAAACAGUCCAUUGCAGCCCUGAUGAUAAUACUCUCAGUGUUGACAGUACAUUAUCCAGAAAUGAAGAUAGUUUCAACUGUGGUGAUUCUUGUGCAUCAUCUAUAAUGAACAAAGUAACUGACACUGCACCUGUCAAGUUGGUUGCUGAAAUGGAACAACAUAAUCAGCAAAAUGAAGGUACUUCCCCAUGUUUAGGAAGUGAUGAGGUACAAUCCAGCUCAAAAGAUUCUAACGUUAUUGAGCCGCUUGAACAAGAGUAUGGAAAGAGCAGUGAGGAGAGUGUUAGUGUUUCAAAUUCUCACCAAGUAAUAGUUGAAAGAAACACUAGAGAUGACUUGGCCUUUCAUGUAUGCUCUUCUGAUUCAAUAUCAGAGGACACUACACAGAUGACAUGGACGAAAGAAGAAGAUAAAGUUAUACUGAAAAUGUUUCAGCAGGAAUGUGCUACAGAAAGAAUACUUUACAUGAUACGUCAACAACUGCCUCAGCGAUCUGUAGAACAGAUUCAGAACAGAUUUCAGACGCUGAUGAAUCUAUUACAGAAAAUGACUGGAGUUCGUAUGGAUGAUGAUAAGGGAGUGUGAAUGAAUUAUAUUUAUUGUUUUGUAAUUUGUGAAAUUAAAAUUAUUUAUGUAAGUUAUUGACAUGAUUGCAGUGUUUGGUUGAUUUUUGUAACUAAUUAAAUGUGUAUUAUUUAUGGUGAAACUCUCCCAGUAUGAAAGUGUCUCAUUUUUAGGGUGAGUGUUAAUUUGACAUAUUAUGACUUGGUCUCAGAUGGUGAAACCCCCAAUACAGUACACACAUAAAAAUGCAGUGCUUGGAGCUUUCAGAACCCGAAGUUCCUUCUUAAGGAUAGAAGUUAGUAUUAUAGGUGGACAUGAUAGGGGAAGGAAUAUGGAGUACUGAAAGCUGGGAGUACUGUCUAUUUAUAUUUGUGGGUGUCUGCCAACUGUUCUGAGUAGUGCCUCCUGAAAGUGGGUACCAAUCAGACUGACUGUCAGUUUGUAAUGCAAUAAACUUCUAAAUUGAA